ACUUCGAAAAAAAAAACUAUCUAUUCCGUUUUUGUCGUUUUUGUUCGUUUCCAUUGUAUGCAUUUUUUGCAAAUUAUAUCGAAUAAAACUUGCUGAAACUGAAAAUCUAGUGGUUAAAAAUGUCAUCACCGACGGGAGAGAGCGUGCGCCGGAACAGCGAGACAGAAAGUGUGGAAGGCGAUGCAGGGGAACAAGAUCCUCAGUUUGAGCCCGUGGUCUCGCUGCCGCUGGUGGAGAUGCCCACGUUUGAGGAAGAUGAGGAGGAGCUGGUCAAGAUCCGGGCGCGCCUCUACCGGUACGAUACCGGCGACCAUGAGUGGAAGGAACGUGGCACAGGUGACAUUAAACUUCUCAGACACACAGUUAACAACACUGUCCGAGUAGUGAUGCGACGUGACAAGACACUGAAAGUGUGUGCCAACCACUUUAUCACCCCAGAUAUACGUAUGAAUGUGCACUGUGGCUCUGAUAAGGCUUUCAACUGGUCCGUAUUUGCUGACUAUGCAGAUGAAACCUGUAAGCAAGAGUUACUGGCAAUCAAAUUUGGAAAUGCACAGAAUGCAGUUCUGUGGAAAACGAAAUUUGCUGAAGCUCAGGAGAUAGUAAGGACAAAGUGCAGUCUGUAUUGCCAGGACCAGUCGUCGGAUGAUGAAUCCAGCAUCACAAGGAGUGAAGACACUGACACUCCUGAACCUAGAAGUACGGAUAAGACAGAGAAGGAAGAUAACUCCGACGGUGUAGUUUUAAAACUUAAAGAAUUGACAGUGGAAAGUGAAAAACCUGAGUAAGAGUCAAUUGAUAUUCUUUUAAGGGGAGUUAUUUCGGAUAGACAGCUGUUUACAGUAAAAGUAUGUUUUAUAAAUUUUAUAGACAGCAGCAUUGUAUGAAUCUGAAUUUGGAAUGAUUGUGAAGAAAGGUAUAUUGAUAGGUAGUUAGUGUUUAUGGUCUGAUUGUGAUUACAACAUUUUAUCGGUUUUCAAAUUUUGUAUAAUAAAUAUCUCAUACUCUCUGUUAUGUUGGUAGAAGAGCAGUAAAGGUUUUUGCACACCAAAUGCGGGUCUGAAGCAGCGUAGUUUGCGUGCGCAUGUUAUAAUACUAGAAACUAAUGCAGUGUGUCACACCAAAAGCAAUAGCAGCGCAAGCGCAGUUUUGAGCGAGAGCCUCCGCGGUGGCAGCGUAGUUCAGGAUGCGUCAUGGGUUUCCACGAAAAAAUCAUGGAAUUAAAUUAAAUAUGAAAUGUUUACAUGAUUUGAAAAGAGAUUAUUACAUGUGAAAUAUGUCAUCUGAUCCGCACUGAAACUACUAUGCUGCUUUUGACUUGCUUUUAUUGUGCCAAAGCCUUAAUAGAUUUAACAUAAUGUUGUUACUCAUAAUUUGACCAUAAAAUCAUCUUUUUUUUAAAAGCCAACAUGUGUUAUUCUAGCAUAAUAUAAUAAUAAAUAGGUAUAUAAUAUGCCCUGAUAGGAUAUGAUUUUAUUUUUUAGUUCCAAUGAUAUUUUUGUACUAUUUUAGUGGUCGAGGAGUGUCAAGAUUAUUUAAGAAGCUAUUGAGAUUUGUGUUUUUAUAAGAUAGACUGGAGACUUCUAAUUGACCAAUUUAAGGGUUGAACUACUCGCGUCGCACGUUGCUUUGCUUCUAUUCUUGUCUGUCACACGGAACCGUCAUUUACAAGAACGAGAUAGCGAACGGGACCGCACUCCGGCCCCCGUCGAUUCCACAGUGGUUGCAUUAUCUCGCUCUAGUAAUUGAUUGGUCUGAGUCCACUCCGACCUUCCUUUCUGAUACCACUCCAGUUGACUGGCACCUUUAUUAAUGUUAUGCCAUACAAUAAAAUUUUGUCAGCCAUAGCUUAGUGCAGUUCUAGCUCCCAAGAAUAUUGUCAAAUAACUUUUUCGUUUUAAAAUUACCAAUAAAUUAAAAUAUUUUAACACUCCUCUAUGUUUAUCACACUAGAAGUAACAUCCACACUACAUUUUAUCGUUUUUUUUUAUUAUUUUAAUAGAAGUAAGUUGUGCAUUGUCUAAUGACAACAAAUACUAAGUAUGUAAUUUACUAUCUAGUUAUAGAAAAACAAAGAUUUGUUGAUUAAUUGAAUUUGUGUCCGAUGGCUUAGAUAGGACUUAUACAUAGCUGGCGAGGAGUGGAUGUAUCUACUAUACACCCCUGCCUACCCCUUCGGGGAUAGAAGCGUGAUGCUAUGAUUUUAUAAAUUGAUUUUAGCGGACGGUAUCACUGGCACAGUUAAAGGGUGUGUAAUCGUGAUUUUUACUUUAUAAGGCUUUUGGGUGUUCAUUCAAAUUCAGAUCAUACAUACAUAAGGCCAUAUUGCUCAUUGGGGUAGACAGAAUCCCCGGAAUUCGACCUAUUACAACCCUUCCAAUCUCGUGGUACUAAAUAGUCCUAAGUCUAUGAUCCAGUACUGACUACUUUCCUGCCCUGACACUACCACCAGUCUUAUCAAAAUCUCCAAACUUGCUUGUCAGUUAAGAGUACAUUGUUUGAAGUUUACGCGGUUAUUAUCAUAAUUAAAACAUAAUACCGGGUCGAAAUAUUGGGAGUCUCAUAUCCCUGAUUAUACCGCGGUAAUAACCCGGUAUUAUGUGUUUUAAUUCAGCUUAAAGUACUUCUGAACUACUUAAAGAAAUCAGGGGGUUAAAAAGGCCACAUUGAAGCAAUUCAUCUAAGAAAGCAAUAUUGCGAUUUGUCUAUUGGUCUGCGAAAGUUGCUUAAUUUCAACAAUCGCAGACCGAGCGCGUUUACUGCUGCACCACCGAGCUCCUCACCCACAUUCAUUCAUCCAUCACUUUCUUCGUAAUAUGCCUUGUAUCCCUCAUUAUAUAGGCAUGUACCUAUUGUAUAUAUUAUGCUAGCCUGUUACUCCCUUAAUACCUGCCUGUACUGUACCUAUGAUCCACAAUAAAUAUAUUUCAUUUCAUUUCAAUAUCUCGAAAGAAAUCUAAUACUAAAAACAUGUCAGAUAUUCAUGAAUGUACAUUUUGUAUGACGGCCUCUCUACAUAAAUUCUAAUAGGUGUCCGUUUCUUAUGGCGCCGACUGUUUUCUGUAUUUUGUGUUCAUUGUGCUCAAUAAAGUAUUUUAUCCAUCUAUCGUAGUAAAUUUUACGACGAUUUGAAUUUGAAUGAAUGGUCAAACCAAAGCUUUUUCUCGAUGAGAAAAAACAAAUCUUUCUAAGUCAUCUACUGGGGGGAUAAAACGGCCUCAUCGAAGCAAUUCAAUUUGACAUUUGUUUGCAUUGCGCACUUACUUUUGUAUGCGCAAAUGUCAAAUUGCAAUAUUGCUAGACGAAUUGCUUCGAUGUGGCGUUUUUAACCCCCCUAUAAGAACUGGACUUACCGAUAUUCUAAAAUGUUUAACAUGAACCUUCCAAGACUUCUUCCUCAGUUGAGGGCUCGAAUCAAACUCGGCUCAAAAUUGAGUUCUUACCUUAGCUCGUGUUUACUUCGGUAAGGUAGAGUGGAUCAUGACGUCAUUAUUUUCGUAUGAUUAUGUUAGCAGUACGAUAUGCUCGACUCCAGUGAGCAGUCCUCAAGUCGAGGACGUUUGGAAUUAACAUCUUAGAAUAUGGGUGACUUUGUUCAGUCAAUCAGUACAUAGUCAAUCUGAUCAGCACUGACUUGAUGGCGGACUGGAAUUGACUCAUUUCUAAGUAUAGUGUCAGGUUAACAGCCAGCACAUUGCACUAAGCGAGGACUAUGUGCUAUUUCAUUUAGAAUCUAAUACUUUUAUGCGAUAAUUCAAUUCACACUAUAGCGACAACGAGGGACCGCACAGCUAAAUUGAGGCAACAGAGCGAACAUAUUUAUUUUAUACAGGCUCCGUACAGUCAUGAGCAAUAUAACGUACCCACUUUAGGACUCUGUCGCACUAAAAUAUUUGACAUUUAGUGAGACUUACAGUUCAAUUUGUCAAAAAAGUUAAUGUGACAUGGUACCAAAGUGUAUACAUAUUAAUGCUCGUGACUGUACAUUUGUCCGGCCAAGUAGGUUUGGUCUGGUAGUAAAUCAAAUAAAAAUGCCCAUUAAUCUUUAGCGACCCAUAACAAUGCAAAAGUAACUCUGUCUGUAUGUUACGCUUUCACGCCAAAACUACAAAACCGAUUUGGAUGAAAUUUGGUACAGAGAUAGAGUAGACCUUGGAAAACAACAUACAAUUGAAUGAUAUAGAAUGGUUGAAUGUUUCAGACACUCGUAACGUUCGGGUUACGUAAAUUCGGGAAGAUAGAAGGUGGAUUUCUUACCGUGAAUUAGGUACUAUAGGUUUGUGUUGUAUGGCAUUUAUUACUUGGUUGGACUGGAGCAGACACAUCGGCAUAAAUUGCCCAUUCGAAAAUAUUAAUGUGUCUUGGAUGUCCUAAGCAUUCAUUUGAUGCUUCCUUAUUAACAUAAGUAAUUAAUUAUUUCAUUAUAUUCAAGCCUAUUAUUAUUUACGGUUAUUUCAUUCAAGAUUUCCAUUUUGCCCGAAGAUAUAGAAAAGAGGCACCUAGCUGAGGGUACAGCUAAGUAUAGUGGUUUCUGUCUACACUCGUUGACGUAUAAUCCGUCAGACUUAUAAUAUAAACACCAUGCGGAUACGUACGCGAGGUAGGCGUCUCGUUUCGUACGGUUUAUUCACGUUGGCGAGUGUAAAAAUGAGCGGUAAUUACAUUACCCAAUCCUGGGUGGAUGCGUCAAGGUCACAUCGGGAAAAUCGACGCUAUUACACUAGCUCCGAAUCGUGGUUACCAUGGUUACUCGCCACCAACUUGCUCGAGAUCGUGACGGAAUAACCAUGGGGUUACGCCCCACCUAUUUGCUAUUAGACUACACGAUCCUGAUCGGUAAGCCCGUGACCUUGACGCACCGGGCAGGAUGGAUUGGAAAGUAUAAUUAGCGCUAAAGGGCAUCUGCCAGUUGGCUAGGCCCUGUAAUGUAAGCAACUGCUUCUGUGUGCAUCUGGCGCUGUUUGUGUAAGGGUUGAACUACAUUUGGCCACACUGCAUCACACUUAAUGCUUUUAUUAUUUUCUGACCCUCGAGAAUCGUCAUUUGCUAGGUGGGAGUGCGACGGCCUCGUCGAUUCCACCGCGUGCGGUCGCACUAUCUCACUCUAGCAAACGAUAGUUCUCAGUGACAGAAAAGGAUAGAAACAAAAGUAAGUGCGGUUCCGUGCCGCCAGAUCUGGUUCAACCCACAUUCGUAAAAUUCAAUAUCGAUGGAUGGGUGGUUGGGUUGGACUUGGACAUAAGUAUUCAACAAAUCCAUUUAUGUUGCUGAUAAUUUGUUACAUUCCUUAAAGAAAAUGGGCCAAUCCACAUAGAUUAAUAGGUACUUGAUAAAAAAGUGAUUUUUCAUAAUCGUAAAAAUAAAAAUGUAUUUCAUGAA